AUAUAUUUUGCAAUCGAAGCAAAAAAACAUUCAUUCCAUUCCAGGGCUUCGCAAAGCAAACUAGAGCAGAUAUCGUGGGACUAUUCUCAUUUUCGCGAGUCGACUCGUUUCGUUGCCCAACUAGGAAAUCGAUAUAUCUUAUGGAAACUGACAUUUCAUGAUGACACUUCUACGUCAUAUAAAAACUAUGUUUCGCAUCCCGAAAAAAAAUCAUUACAUAUGCCUUACUAA